UUUGCAGUUUACACUAGCUCUCUGUUCCUCGGGUGGCAAACGGCUGUAGAAGAGACAUUUAUAUCUCACAAAAUGCAAGGAAAAGAAAUAAAAUACAAGGUGAGAAUGCAACAAUUUCCAAUUCCGGCUCACAAAGAAGUCACUCCCUCGGAAAAACAACAUGAGCAUUAUCUCAUUUUUCUACCAUGGUGCAUUGCCUAUGGUUUUUUAUUUUUCAUGAUCAGUCUUAUCAAGAAAGUAACUGAGGAGAAAGCAAAUGGAUCUAAAGAACUUUUAAAGAUGAUGGGCAUGACUGAUGGUUUCUAUUGGUGUAGUACAUUUGCAGAUUAUUUUGGAGUUGGUGCCAUAAUGAUAUUAAUAAUUACCACAGUAUACAAGAGUCCACUAAAAUGUGAUCAUGUUUAUGUGAGCCAUUCUAAUUUCUUCUUGCUUCUGGUGUUGUUGCUCCUGUUCUUGGUUAAUUUGAUAUUAUUUUCUAUGGCAUUUACUACAUUCUUCAACCGAGUUAUCUUUGCAGUCAUUGGAAUAGUUGUUUUGUUCAAUGUUGCAUUCCUGCCAAUUGCGUUAUUUUGCUUUCCCGACAAUUUUGAUAUACCUACAUAUUUACAGUUGCCACUGGAUGGUAGGUUAGCAAUUUGCUUGUUUCCACCUGGAGCAUUACUGACUAUAUUUCAUAUGGUGAGGGAAUAUGAAUUAAUUG